UCUGGGUGAGCGCGGUCUGGGAGCUGGAUUUCACCGAGGCCGAACCUCUGGAUUCCAGGGUGGCGGAGGAGAUCGCGGAAGACGGGCCCGGCGUUUUCACCCGGCUCUACCGGUCUCUGUCGCCGUUCGCCGCGGAGGAUCACGAGAACAGGGAGAAUAUCUGGACCUUGUUUGCUGCAAACAGCUCCCCUCAGAAUGCUCUCGUCGCCGUGUUGCAUCACUUCGUCCAAGCGGGCCAGCAUAAAAGAGCUAACGCGCAGCAGAGGGUUUACGCUCUUCACGCGGCUGGGUUGUACUUCUUACUGCUGGAAAUCCCAGGCAGCGUGGCUAACCAGCUGUUCCAUCAAGUGAUGUUUGAUAAAUGUCUUCACACCCUGACGAAAAGUUGGCCUCGAGAACCAGAACUGCUGAGGAAAAGAAAGAAGACGCACGCUCAAAGCUCUCAGACCAAUGCAAGAAGAAACAGAAAGAAAGGAAAACCACACAGGAACAGCAAUAUGGAAGAGAUGCUGGAAGAGGAGGAGGAGGAGGAAGAGGAUUGUGAAGAUGUUUACUUUUCAACUGACGAUCUUCUUCAAGUUCGCAACGCGAUCUUCCUUCUUCUGAAAAACUUCUUACGACUUCUGCCUAAGUUUCCCCUAAAAGAAAAACCUCAGUGUAUGCAGAACUGCCUGCAGAUUUUGGUUGAAAUGACAAACUUUGAGCCAGCAGUACCCGAGUUCGAGUUUUCAGCAGCAAUGAAUGUUAACAAAGCCAAGUACAUUCCCGAACUGGCCUAUCAUGGACUGCGAUUACUGUGUUCCCCUCUACAUGGUCCAGAAGAUAAGAUUCUUCGUAGUGUCUUCCAGCAAAUCCUCAAUGUCAUUCUUAUGCGGGAAGGUGGUGCGGGUUCCAGAUGCGCAGUCCUUGCAAUCACAUCGGCUGUGAUCAGUGCCAGGAAUCAAGCUAUAAAAUUCAUCAGUUCUGUAGUAGAUGAGCUGAAAGAAGUUGUUUUUCCUGUUCUUCGAAUAUUGCUGCAACACAUCUGUACCAAGGUCCCAGAUAAGACUGAUUAUCGCACAUAUGCCGCACAGGCCUUGGUGAAUUUGCUGAAUAAACUCCCUUCUAUAGAGUUUGCUGACUUCAUCGCUUGGCUUUAUAAAUACUCACGCAACUCUAAAAUUGCCUACAGAGUGUUUGCUCUUGAUGUAGCGUUAGCUUUGUUGGAUGUGCCAGAGAGGAACUUGGACAGCUCCUUGUCCCUGGAUCAUCAGAAGUUUCUAAAGCAUAAGUUUUUAGUACAGGUCAUGGUGUUUGGCCGAUGUUCUGACAAAGCACCUGUGGUCCGUAGCAAAGCUUUAAGCAGCUUUGCCCACUGUCUCGAAAUGAAAGCUGCUGCUACCUUGGAGAGUAUACUGGACUUAUUACAAAGCUCUGACCAUACAGUCUUGGAAGCAAACAUGAUCACUGCGAGUUCGAUAGUCAGUGCAGAAGGUAUGUCCAACCAUCCACUGAAGACCUUACCAACUUUCAAAACUAUUGAGUUGACAGACAGCAACGAUACUGCUGUGCUUGAUGGAAAAGAAGUCAUGGCCAUGCUGAGACUGAGAGCCAGAGAUGAGAAAACCAACGUGAGGAAAUCUGCUCUCCAGGUUUUUAUGAACAUCCUGAAGCACAAAGUGAUCCCUUGUACCGCGGAAGAUCUGUCCACUCUUCAGGAUCGUUGCCGGGACCCUGCUGUUUCCGUGCGGAAGCAGGCCUUGCAGUCCAUAACAGGGCUCCUUGUGUCUCAGCCUGAUAACGUUCUAGUGCAGAAGGCCUGGUUAAAUGGAGUGGUGCCUGUUGUGAUGGACACGGAAAGUUCUGUCCAAGAAAAAGCCUUGGAUUGCCUUGAUCAGCUCUUGUUGCAACACAUAAAAUAUUAUAAUAAACUCAGGAGUGAAGAUGGAAAGCAGGCUCUAGCGUGGGAUCUCCUUACCCUCUUGACUUCAGAAAGCCAGGAGCUGAACCGUUACUUCAACAAAGCUUUUCAUAUGUGGUCCAGACAGAAUAAGUUCACCUCCACUUUCAUUAAUAAUGUCAUGUCUCACGUGGAAACGGAGCAUGCUGUACCUGCUUGGAUGUUGCUUGCUAAGGUGGCAGGUUCUUCACCCAAGCUGGAUUACUCCAAGAUCAUUGAAUCCUGGGACAAUGUCAGCAGGCAGCAAAACACGAGCGUUGAUACUACAGGACAUAUACUGUGUGUCAUCGGUCAUGUUGCAAAGCACCUUCCUAAAAGCACCUGCAAGAGGCUGAUUGAGAAUAUCAAGUGCUGGCUGAGGGAGUCUCAGUGUCCCCUGGAGGUGAUUAGCCCAGCUGUAGAAACUCUGCAGAAGCUCUGCCAUGCGUAUGCAGAUGUGCCGGAGGAGGCACAGGAGCUGCUCAACCAGGUGUGUGGAGAUUUAGUAUCCACCUGUGAAAGCUAUAUUUCUAAUAUAGUCCUUAAAGAGGAUGGAGCAGAGCAGCUGCAAGAAGAUCUUUUGGUGAGACACCUCUUCAUCUUGGGUGAGGCUGCACAGCUGUGUCCAGCCAAAGUGGAGAAACGCAUCUUUCUUUUGAUUCAGUCGAUUCUGGCUUCUUCUGUCGAUGAGGACCAAUUGUCAAGUUUGCCAGAUGGCGAGGAAAUUCCAGCUUCUCAGCCACUGUCCCAGAUCAGAGGAUUAGCCAUGCCUCCCGUGGUCAGAGCUCAUGCAUUCAUUACCUUAGGUAAAUUGUGUUUACAGCAUGAGGAUCUGGCAAAGAAAUGCAUUGCAGCUCUAGCUCGAGAACUGGAGGUGUCGCAUGAUGUGGCUGUUCGCAAUAACGUUGUCAUUGUUAUGUGCGAUCUGUGUAUCCGCUACACAUCCGUGGUGGACAGAUACAUUCCCAACAUCUCGUUGUGCCUGAAGGACCCAAAUCCCUUCAUCCGUAAGCAGACGCUGAUCCUGCUUACCAACCUUCUGCAGGAAGAGUUUGUGAAAUGGAAAGACUGUCUCUUCUUCCGUUUUGUCAGUGUCUUGGUGGAUCCAAAUCCAGAUAUUGCCAGGUUUGGAGAGUUCUGCUUGGUGCAUCUCUUGCUGAAGAGGAAUCCAGUAAUGUUCUCCCAACACUUCAUUGAGUGCAUCUUCCAUUUCAAUAGCUAUGAGAAACAUGAGAAGUACAACAGGUUCCCCCAGAGCAUGCGGGCAAAGAAUCUCUUCUCUCUGAAGGGAAAAGAUAACAAAGAAAAAAGGAUGCACAUCUACAAGUUCCUGUUAGACCACUUUACAGACGAGCAGAGGUUCAGCAUUACAACAAAGAUCAGCCACAGCAUACUAGCAUGCUUCGUGGAUAAGGUCCUUCCAUUGGACCUGGAAGCCAGUGAGCUGCUCUCGGAUACGUUUGCAGUCCUUAGCUGCAAGGAAAUCAAGCUAUCAACUAUGAGAUCAAAACCCGAUGAAGACAUUCAGCCCGAUGAAGACGAAAUGGCAAUGGCCAAUGCUGUCAUGCAGGUGGCACAAAAAAAGCUCAUCUCGCAGGUUCAAAAGAAGAACUUUGUAGAAAAUAUCAUCCCAAUAAUCACAUCACUGAAGUCUUUAAUGGAGCAGAAGAGGAUCCCAGCUCUUAGGGACCUUAUGAACUACCUACGGGAAAUGAUGCAGGAUUACCGAAAUGAAAUCAAAGACUUCUUUGCUGUGGACAAGCAGCUGGCAGCCGAGCUGGAGUACGAUAUGAAGAAAUAUGAAGAGCAGCUGGCCAGGGAGACGGAGUCAGACCAAGAGCAGGUCUCGGCAGCGCAGGCAGAGCAAACUCCAUCUUUGGAGACAGCUGUACCUUCUGGUGGCUGGAAUAAUAAUGCUCAGUCUCCUGUAAGUGGGAGACAGUCCUUGCCAUCUAGGUCAAGUCCUUCCUCUGUGCCUUCCGAAUUUACUACACCUAGUGCUGAUGUUCCGAAGCAGCCGUUACGCAGUCACAGGCCAGGAUCUUUGAGCACGCUUGCCAUCCUGAACUCUGCCAAGAAAGCGAUGGAAGCCAGAAGCAAGCAACGCAGCAAGAGUGUUGGAGGAAGUUUAUCGGCUUUAUCACUUCCAUCAAGUGCAGCUGGCAGCAAGCGAGUAUCAAUUCAAAGCCUGAAUCAACACUCUACUGGAGAAACUGUUUCUGUGGUGGGCCGUGCAAUCAGCACACCAGAUCAGACCAUUAAUGACUUGACUUUUGGUGCUGGGGUCAGUUACAUCAGCUUGACGCACACGCCUGGUUCAGCUCCAGAGAAGAAAGAGGCUGAGGACGAGCGAAGAGAUAUUAUCUGUUUGACAUCACCAGAGAAACCCCCAUCCCUGCCACGGGAGUGGAAAGUAGAAUCCCCCGCACAGAAAAAAACCAGCCAACGUGUCCCUCUGAGACGGUCCCAGCGGAGAACUCCACUGAAACCAGACAACUGA